UUAAUAACUGCAAGAUGUCACUUCAAAUAACCUGUACUACUACUACUAUUCAAAACGGUGAAGAGAUGUAUCGCAUUUUGAAGCCACCGAGAACAGAUGUCUUGGUUAUGACUCCGUGGUUUGCACCAAUAGUAUGGGAUGGCACUUUUGACAUUGAUUUAUUGGACUACAAAUUCAAGAUGAGAAAUGUGACCAUUGGGUUGACUGUAUUUGCUGUGAAGAAGUAUAUAAUAUUCCUCCAGGGUUUUAUAGAAUCUGCAGAGAAUUACUUCAUGCAGGGACACCAGGUAAACUAUUACGUUUUCACAGACCAGCCUGAAGCUGUGCCCCAAAUGAAUCUCAAACCAGGAAGGAAUUUGGUUCUGCUUGUAGUCCAGAGCUAUCCGCAGUGGCAAGAAAUAUCAAUGCAUAGAAUGGAAAUGAUUUAUCUUUUUAUUCAGAAAAGAUUCAAGAAAGAAGUGGACUACUUGGUGUGUGUUGAUGUAGACAUGACUUUUAGUGAUCAUGUUGGAGUGGAGAUCUUAGAUAAUCUUUUUGGUACACUUCAUCCUGCAUUUUAUGAUACUAACCCUAUUGAAUAUACUUAUGAAAGAAGGAUAGAAUCUGAGGCAUAUAUACCUUUUUAUGAAGGUGACUUUUAUUAUGCAGGGGGCUUCUUUGGUGGAAAACUUAAGGAGGUCUUCUUAUUGACCAAACGUUGUCAUGAGGCCAUUAUGAAAGACAAAAAUAACGAAAUUGAAGCAAUUUGGCAUGAUGAAAGUCACAUUAACAAGUACUUUUUGAAUCAUAAACCAACAAAGAUCCUUUCUCCAGAGUAUCUGUGGGACAAUGAUAUGGGAAAUAGAAAUAUCUUGAGGAAAAAACGGUUUCUUGCUGUCCGCAAGAACCAUAAAGCUAUCAGAAGUUGAACUAAAGUUUGGUUGGGAAAGCACUUGGUUAUCAGACUGAGUUUAUUUGGCAGUAUCCUUUGGAACAGAUCAUCAAGCACAUCUGUCUGUGUGUGUGUAUCUCUGUUUAGGUGGAAAUGUGUCUCUGCCUGCCUCAUGAAUGUGUCUCAAUGUGAGUGUACAUUUGUCUCCACCUGAAUUUGUGCUCAAGUUCAGUGCAAAUAAGACAGACUAGAUGGAUGAAGCAGUAUGUAAGCAGAUUUCUUGGAAAGCGUCUCCAUAUGAAUUCUAGAGGCAUUCCCUAAUGUGCCAGUUUUUGUUUAAACAUUUUUCCUUCAUUACAUAAAAAUACAAUAUUAGCUGUGUAUUACAAGAUCCCCAAAUCUGACUGAAGAUGUAUUUAAAAUGUUUUGUUGUCAGUGGAAGUUUUCAUUCAACUUUAAGUGCUGGAUGAUGCAUGCAUCUCUUAUCUAUAUAUCUGAUGAGUUCUGAAAGCAGUUCAUUAUCCAAACAACAUUUAAGUACACUGAACCAUGUUGCUAUUUUCAGCACUACAAGGAAAAACAUAUCUGUGUGGCAGUUAUUGGAUUAUACAAAUUAAAAGGAGCUUCCCAUUACAUCUGUAGACAUGUUUCCAGGAAUGUAACUCUGUUUCAAUGGAUAUGUAAAGUAUGUUUGAUUCUGCCUUUUAUAUAUGGUGUUACUCUGAAAGUUGUUCUAAGUGAAUAGCAUGAAGGUAGCACCAGUAAUAAUGAAUGUAUGUUCAACCUGUACAUAUACAUUGUACUAUGAAUAGUGUCACUUAUAUCAAGAACAAAGCAGAGAUUUAUGGAACUAUAUGACCUCUUCCAGAAUGUACCUCCCUUCUACCACAAUCAAAGCUAUGGCAGACCCCACACCACACAGAGCUUCAGUUUAAUUGUGUGGCAAUUCCUAUACUGCAAUCAGGGUUAAAUUUAUAUGCUUAAAUAUGGGAAAAUACUUUAACUUGAGUAAGUAAUAAAAAACUGCUUUACUUGUCCAGUUUAAUAGAUUUUUGUAACAUGUAACGUUAUCAGUCGACACUCAAGCUGAAAAUAAAUAGUUUUUAUAAAGUGCAUUCCAUGGCUUAUAUGGCAUACACAAGGCUUACCUGUCCCCUGCUUCCCUGCUCAUGGCCUUCUUACAGAAAUUGUCCUAUACAGCCCUUUUCCUGUUUUCAUAAGUCUGAGAACUGAAGUCCGUUUUAGAUGCUUUCUCUGUGAAAGUGAUUUGGAAGUUCUAGCUUCUGCUGCUGUAUGAGAUGGCAACAUAUUUCAUGAGUAUAACUUGGCUGUUUUAUUUGUUUAUUAUCUGUAUUUAUCCCAUCGACCAUGUAAGUCCUACUAAGCUAAUGGUCUCUCUUAAAGGUCGACCAGAAGUGAUAUUUAUACUACUUGUGAAAAUUUGUCACUGGCAUCAGGGAAUUUCUCUUUCAUAGUCUUUUUGACAGGUGCCAUUGAAUCUUUUACCUGAGCUUCCACCAACUCAUGCAGAUGGGAUCUCAGUUUCACAUCUCAUACAAAGGAUGACACACUCAGGGGGUGCAGCAGCCCCCCACUCUGCACUGCAGUGUCAGUAAUCCAUUUGCCUGGUGUGGGAAUAGAACCCAUAGCCUUGUGCACCAAA